UCUCAGACCUGUCGGGCAGGCGCGGCGCUGCGCAGAUUAAAAGUCAAGAACCAUAAACCAGAGUCAGCAGCUUCUCAACAUGGAGAACCAGGCCCAAAAUGCAAUAGGAGCUUCUCCUUGUGAGGCUGAGCUUCAGGAAUUAAUGGAACAAAUUGACAUCAUGGUAAGCAACAAAAAAUUGGAUUGGGAAAGGAAGAUGCGGGCUUUAGAGACGCGAUUAGAUCUUCGGGAUCAAGAGUUGGCAAAUGCACAAACUUGUUUGGAUCAGAAAGGUCAAGAGGUCGGGUUACUUCGACAGAAGUUAGACAGCCUGGAAAAGUGUAACUUAGCAAUGACACAGAAUUAUGAAGGACAACUUCAAACAUUAAAAGCUCAAUUUUCCAAACUGACAAAUAGCUUUGAAAAACUGAGAUUACACCAGAUGAAACAAAACAAAGUUCGACGAAAAGAAUUACCAAACCCCAAAGAAGAAAUUCCAUUUGAAGUAAGCAAUUUGAAUGAGAAACUGGAGGAAUUUAGAGCAAAGUCAAGAGAAUGGGACAAGCAAGAGAUAUUGUAUCAGACUCAUCUGGUUUCUUUAGAUGCUCAACAAAAAUUAUUAUCUGAGAGGUGUAAUCAAUUUCAGAAACAGGCACAGAGUUACCAAACUCAACUAAAUGGUAAAAAACAGUACGUAGAAGACAACAGUUCUGAAAUUCCUCGACUGAUACGUGAAUCAGACCCUAGUUGUGAAACCAAUGAAAGAGAUGAGUUCAUUAUUGAAAAAUUAAAAUCGGCUGUGAGUGAAAUAGCACUAAGCAGAAAUAAGCUACAAGAUGAAAAUCAGAAGCUCUUACAAGAACUGAAAAUGUACCAAAGACAAUGCCAGGCCAUGGAAGCAGGACUCUCAGAGGUUAAAAGUGAGUUACGAUCACGUGAUGAUCUCUUGAGAAUUAUAGAAAUGGAACGACUACAGUUGCACAGAGAAUUAUUAAAAAUGGGGGAGUUUCAGAAUGCUCAAGAUAACCAAAAAAGACUUGAAUCAUCUUAUUCACCUUGUACUAAAGAACCAGAAAGGAAAAAGAAAGAAGUGUUUUCUGUGAAUCCAGAUCAAACAAAUCAUGAAAAGGAAUUGAACAAGAUAAGAAGCCAGUUCUAUCAGGAGGAAGAGUACCAAAGCUCUGAGCAGGAAAGAAUGAGGAAUGAAAUCUCUGACCUAACAGCAGCGCUUCAUCAGAAGGAAAUCACUAUAGCAACUAUCAUGAAGAAAGCUGCCCUUCUGGAAAAACAGUUAAAAAUGGAGUUAGAAAUAAAAGAAAAAAUGCUAGCAAAACAACAGGUCUCAGACAUGAAAUAUAAAGCUGUCAGAACUGAAAACACGCAUCUGAAAGGAAUGAUGGGAGAUUUAGACCCUGGACAGUACAUGGGUAUGGACCUCACUAACAAGGAACAGUCAAGGUAUACAUCUAUAAACAAACUGGAAUGUGAGAAUCAAAGGCUCCGAAACGAUCUCGCAAAACUUCAUGCCAAUGGCAAAUCAGCAUGGACUAAUCAAAAUAUAUAUGCAGAAACAGUAAGGCACGCCUAUCAAAGCCAAAUGAAAAUGAAAGAAAAUGAAGAUAGAUACAUACUAAAAACUAAAUUUAUGGUUUUAAAAGUUUUACCACCUACCGGAAAGUCUCCACCAGAUAUGUCCAUUCCAGCUUCUUUGGCUGCUCAACAUUUCCUUCUAGAGGAAGAGAAGCGAGCAAAGGAACUAGAAAAGCUUCUAAAUGCACACAUUGAUGAGCUGCAAAGACAUACAGAAUUUACUCUUAAUAAAUACACCAAGCUAAAACAAAAUAGACACAUAUAG